CCGCCCCUGUUGGCAUCACCCUCGGCCUGGCCUGGAUAUGCAGGAACCAGUAUCCCCUUCGCCGCUCCACGUUUCCAAGUAGCAGCCAGCAGAGAGCUUCCUCCCCCGCCUCACACCCAUUGGUGGCCGGGCACGCCUGAGUUCAGCCGGUGCCGGGCAUUCCCUAUCCGCUCCGAAGGAAGUAGUCACCCCAGCGCGGCCCUCCAUUGGCCCGAGCCCCUGUCAGUCGAGGCUGCCUCACGUUGAGCCCCGUCCUCCUCCCCGGCUCCGUGUCUACUCAGACAGCCCUCAUAUUGGUUGCUCCAGGCAGAGAAGAGGAGCCCCACCAUGAUGAGGAACGGACUGUCGUGGCGGUUAAAGAUCAGUUUAGCGUUCAGAUCGGUCUGACCAGUGUUUUUAGGGAUUUACUAUUUAUUUUGUUAAUAUUCGGGAUGAUACCAUCAAGAAUCAGUGUUCGUUCUGCGCUUUCGUCAGACGCCGUGGUCCUCUGGGGGGAUAUAUGCCCGACUUUUCUUCAUAGCCAUUUUUUACAGACAAAGAGAGCCGUUGAGUAGGGCUUCCAGAAAGAGAGGGGUCUGAGGGGCUCCUUUUCUUGACGACAGUGGGCAACAUGUGGAGCAGCCUGAAGAGCAGAUGCCAGACUCUCUUCCACAGCACGGGAUCGGCUGAAGGCAGAGUAGAGGUAGAAACAGUCCAGUGUGUGGUGGAUCUGGGUGAGGCAGACAAUGAGGUUGAGACCCGGGGCCCUGCCGCCGCCACCGACAGCCCGUCAUGGAGCCUCAUGCCAGUGCCGGUGGUCGUUACAGGACGUCGCCAUCAUAACUGCGUGUCGGACAUCCCUCAGAUCGUAGAGAUCUCCAUCGAUAAGGAGUCGGAGGAUGCCAGAGGAACAUCUGGUGGUGUCCCGAUGGCACGGAGGGACUCUUACUCCCGACAUGCUCCUUGGGGGGGCAAGAAGAAGCACUCAUGCUCAACAAAAACCCAGAGCUCUCUGGAGGCGGACCGGCGUUCUGGGCGGCUGAGAGGCUGUGGGAACCGCCGUGACCGGCGUUACGGAAUCAGCUCCAUCCAGGAGAUCAACGACUCUGUAUCCGGAGGACGGAGCCUGAACACUCGCUCGCUGCGCCAGCGGCUGAGCGACACGGUCGGGCUGUGCUUGCCCCUACCUGCUCGGCAGCGCUCGCACCCUAAGAACCCCAUCAACUCCAAACGGAAAAUCCACCUGACCGAGCUUAUGCUGGAGACCUGCCCCUUCCCGCCGGGCUCCGACCUUGCACACAAGUGGCACUUGAUCAAGCAGCACACGGCGCCAGUCAGCCCUCAUUCCUCCACUGCGUUGCUGGACGCCUUUGACCCGGCUCACCCAUCGCCGGAGGACGAAGAAGAGCGCUUGCGCGAGCGCCGCAGGCUCAGCAUCGAGGAAGGCGUUGACCCACCUCCUAAUGCACAGAUUCACACUCUGGAGGCCUCAGUGCCGGGCCCCUCUCUCUACAAACUUGGACCAAAGAUGGCUCCCAGCAUCGGCGAGGUCUCUGGGGAAGCGCGCACCAGCGGAGCGUCCGGCUCAGCUGGCGCUGCAUCAUCGGGGGCGUGCGGAUCGAUUUUGGGGGCUACGGCGGCGUCCCAAGACUGCGACUCUGAGGAAGACUCCACCACCUUAUGUCUUCAAGCCCGCAGGCCGAAGCAGCGGCAUGCCUCCGGAGACGGCCACCAGAGCCGGCAGCAGCCCGGGCCCUGGAAGGUCCACACCCAGAUAGACUACAUCCACUGCCUGGUGCCGGACCUGCUGCAGAUCACCGCCCUGCCCUGCUACUGGGGCGUGAUGGACCGCUAUGAGGCCGAGGCACUGCUGGACGGCCGGCCGGAGGGGACCUUCCUGCUGCGUGACUCGGCCCAGGAGGACUACCUUUUCUCCGUCAGCUUCCGGCGCUACAACCGAUCGCUGCACGCCCGCAUCGAGCAGUGGAACCACAACUUCAGCUUUGACGCCCACGACCCGUGCGUCUUCCACUCUUCCACCGUCACCGGACUUCUGGAGCACUACAAGGACCCCAGCGCCUGCAUGUUCUUCGAGCCGCUGCUUACGGUGCCUCUCAACCGGACCUUCCCCUUCACCCUGCAGCACCUGGCCCGCGCCGCCAUCUGCCGAUGGACCACUUACGAUGGGAUUGGCUCCUUGCCUUUGCCUCCCGCCCUGCAGGACUUCCUCAAGGAGUAUCACUAUAAACAGAAAGUACGAGUCCGCUGGCUAGAGAGGGAGCCGCCACUCAAGGUGAAAUAAGUCGGGCUGAUUACAGAACUUCUUCACCCGUUGACAGGUCAUACUGACUUGGCUUCCUCUCUAUUGGAGAAUAGAAUCAAGUAUAACAAGCUAAAGUUCAUUCUAAUCUCUGUUUUUGGUAUUAACUUACAUCACUGAGAAUACAUGAUUAUAUUCGGUGUAACGCUGUCUGUCGAGCACGUUUUUAAGCUGAACAGGUUCCUAUUUUUGUGCUGAACGUCUGUGCUGAACCCCCACCACGACCACCAACCCACUCGUACACCUGCCUGCAUGCCCCCCCUUUCUCUCUUCAUAGCAAAUUACUAUUUCAUGCUGAACAGUUCACUUUGUGCGUCCCUAUUUACCUUCAGAAACACUUCAUAGAGCACCUUACUAGAGUGGAGAGGGCAACUGCAGGCGCCUCCUGUUAUUUAUGAUGCACUCAUUGCCUCCUGUCUGCAUGCAUGAGAUCAGCUAAGCCACUUUAAAGGUGACCUAUUAUACUUCCUUCAAUAGGUUAGGAUAGAUCUAUGGUCUAUACCAGGGGUGGCAAAAGUCUGUCCUCGAGGGCCGGCAUCUUGCAUGUUUUAGUUCAGGUACAUAGGUAAUGCUUUCAGGUGCGUUUAACGCACCUGGAUCAAAUGAUGGCUCAUUCGAAGGCCUAAGAAGAGCAUUGAUAUGUUGAGAAGGUUGUUACUACCAGCAGGGAGUGAUCUAAAACAUGCAGGAUGCUGGCCCUCAAGGACCAACUUUGGGCAUUCCCUGGUCUAUACAAAACAUUUCCAUUCUUUCUCUUUUUUUUCAGUUCUGCUUAGAAUGAGCUGAUUUGUGGUCUCUCGUCAUUUUAAAUCUAAAUAAGCUGCUGUCUGCCAUCCCUUUGCCCCCCCAACUCAAUCUUUACACUCUUAUGUAAAAAUGGCUGCAAACAGAUGCACAAUUAUACAACUGUACAUCUUUGAAAAGCAGAAGUCAAAAAGAAUGUGAACGUGGCAAGUGGUUUCUGAAUAGUAACUCAACAACAAAAAAUACAGCGGUAAAACCAGCUGACCAAACGUGCUGCAGCGCUGCUUGGGUUGCUAGGUAACGGGGAUGGAGUUGCUAGGUAGCAGCACAGUGCUAGUGGAAUGUGACUGAACAAUCUGGAGGUUUUUGAAAUGGCUCAUUUUCCCGACACCAUAAAACGUCUGUUUGUUUUUUUUAAAGCGUUGGUUGUUUUCAGAAGCAGCUGAGACACAAAUGGAAGUACAAAAUCUUUGCAUAAUAGGUCCCCUUUAAAAUCCAGGCAUAGGGAUUCAGAUCGGUAAACUGAUUUAUUCCAGAACCUCUCUUCAUUAUGACAGUCAUAUCUUCACUGAUCGUCCAACAGUCAGGAACUCUGCAGUGUUGUGUGUCUCAAGCUGUUGCGUAGCCUUCAUUUCCGCUUUCUUGACCCAAAAAUCUCGUCCACUCAUUGCCAAGUUAACACAACGCCAGUCGGCCAUGAUAUUGGGAACGCCUCUGUCAGACCCACCAUCGUUCAAAGAGAAAAUCUCACCUUUGACCCCAAGCAGGGUUCGCCCUGAGGUUGUCGUGUGGCUCUGGGCAGUUAACCGCUGUGGCUUUGGGUUGUAACAUCAUCCAUUUCUCUCAUUCUUGUCCAUUUCUGUGAGAACGUUUAACGUUGCUAACCGGGGUCUCGUCAUGUACACACCUUCAACUUUUUCCUCAUUUUGCCUCCUUAUGACCACAAACCUCAGUAUUCUUUUAGGAUUUUGUGUGACAGGCAAGCAGAAAGCAGCUCAAUUAUUAUUGUUUUUUUGUUGUCUUUUUAAACAAUACAAAUCUGAGAAGUGUGGCAUGUAUUUGCCCCCCCUGAGUGAAUACUUUAUUGCAUCUAAUGAUACGUUUACCAACUUUACAGACUGAAUUUUUUUCUCCAUUCUUCAUGCAAAUCAGAUGGAGAACGACUAUAAACAGCGUUUAACUUGUGCCUCAGCUUCUCAUUAGGUUCUAGCUCUAGACUUUGACUAGACCAGAGGUCAGCAACCUGCGAUUUCAAAGCUUUGAGUGUGUCUUUGGACCUUCCACAAUGGCUCUUUAUAACGUUGGUUAAAAAUUAUAAAGACCUAACUAAUUAUUUAAAUAAACAUGUAAUAAGGAAUGCAGGGUUUUAAGUUUUUCCUGCAAUAUCUGCAUUGAAUUUGUACCAGUAAUGAUUUUAUUUUAUGGAAAUUAUGUGAACUUAUUUCUUAUAUCAUUUUCUACCGUUCACAAAAAAAUCUUUUUGCAAAAUUUUAUGUUUCUUUACUUUAAAUUAGAAAAAUAUGGAUAGUAGUUAUUAUCUAAAAUUAUAACUUCUCUUUUGAAAAACGUCUUGAAACAAGUUUUCAAUUCAAAAAUUAUUUACAUAGCUGCCUGUAUUCAAUGAAUACUUUUAUUUUAAUAUAGAUAAAACCUGAUUUGAGGAAAAAGUGAAACAUAACUUCUUUGAUUCUUGUGGAAGAACUGGUCUUUAUUUAGAGGUAUCAGAAUAAAAAUACACGCCACACUUUUCAGACUUUUAUUUGGAAAACAUCCCUUCUCUCUGCUUUUGUUCUGCUCUUACAUUCGUCUUUACAUGCAAAAUGUUGGAAAACAGAGUUUUGUAAAUCAAAGUAUAGCUCUGAGUCCAAACUGUUUUCGCACCUAAAGAUUUUAUUUUUUAUUUUUUUUAGCAUAUCCUCAAACAUUUUAGGUGUGAGUUGGCCUGAAGGUGCUGCUGGCUGCCCUGUCACUUCUGUAAAUAAGUUUUACCUUUGUGCCUUUCAGUAGCCAUCGGUCUCAUUGCUUGAUAGUCUAAACCUGGAGCAAUAGGUGCUUUAACUCGGUCCGUUCAGAUGAGACCGGUCGAAUAACCGUGAAGAGGUGCGCGAGCUUUAAGCUCACUAACUUUCUUGCACAUUAAAGAUUGGAGUUUAGUGGUGCUACGUCUAAUUAGGAGCUGAUCGUUAAAUUAGGUUAGUUUGUUACUGUUGUCACUCACUAAUGCAUGCAUUAGUCUUUUGUCACAUAGUGUUAGGUUGUUAGUGGGUCAGUAGGUUGCUGUUCUGCUGUAGGCAUUGCGGUCCAACAGGUUCUGGUCUGCAGCUGGAACAACAAACGCAGUUUAUCCUCUACUGCGAGCGCGUUUUUAACCAAAUAAUGUAAAACUCAACAAGUAUUAUAGAAAAUACAGCAGCAGGUUUGUUUGAAUUCACUGUAUUUUCCCAGUAAAAAACUGAGCUGCAUGAGGAAACCGUGUUGGUUCCCCCAACUGUUCAAGAAAAUGCAAAAGUGAAACUUCCUAGGAUGUGUGAACAUGCAAUCCGUUUAAAACAAGUCUGGAAAACGCCAUCUUUCUUUUUUUAGUCAACAUGAUGCAUGCAUUUUAAUAUUUUCCUUAUGUUUAAAGAAAAGCUUUAGCGUUACCGAAGCAGUUUUUUUUUUUAUUACAGAUUCAGAUCAAAAGUUUGUCUUGAUCCCAAUCAGUCGGCUGAUGAACAACUAAAUAAAUGGAAAUAAGAAAGUUAUACAGAAUUAAAUUAUUCAUCAGACUUGUAACAUUUUAUUAUGUUUUUAAUUAAAGAUAAAGUAAUACGUCAUGCAAAGACUGAACCGGACAGAACCGGUUUUCAGCUUUAUGUUCACACUUCAUCAUGUUCAAAGUUGUUGACUUUUUUUAAUGUGACACUUUGACGUCCACCGGUCUCUUUUUUCAUGGCACUCCUGAGAUCCGUUUAUAAAAUCAUGAAAUUAAAGUCGUAAUAUUACAUGAAGUCAAACAAGAAUAAAGUUGUACAAUAAUCAAAUUGCAUUAUAGCAAGAGUAAAAUUGUAAUAUUACAAGAAUAAAGUUGAAAUUUUACAAGAAUAAAAUGUACAAAAGCGAAGUCGUAUGAGAAUAAAGUCGUACAAUAGAUGUAAUUUUAUAAUAAUAAUAAUAGUGGUAAUAUUACGAUAAUAAUCUUACAAGAAUAAACUUGUGAUACAGAAAUAGUUGGAAUUUUACAAGAAUACGGUUGGAAAAUUACACAAAUAAAUUUGUAGUAUUACUAGAAUAAAGUUGUAAAUUACAAUAGUUGUAAUAAUUCCAUAAUAAAGUAAUAAUACUUCAGGAACUUCUACAACAAAAACUUUAAAAUGAGGAAUAAUCUUUUAAAACAUCAGCUUCAAAUUAUCAGUGGCCAAACUUUAAAAAUAGACACAUGGACUUGAUCAGGAUCAAAGCUUUAUUGUCAUAAAACAACUUUCUUCUUGUAAUCUUUCAACAUUCUUCUGAUAUUGCAACUUAUUUUUAUAAUUUAAAGUAAAAAAAUCUUUAGUUGUUGUUCAACGGGGAGGCCGAUGCGACUGCGUUGUCCAAACAUGAAGCCUUUUGUGUUCUGCAGGUUUUUGCAUCCUGUUGGUACUUUGGCGUGUUCUUAAAAUUGUUUCACCUAAAUUUGUCUAUUUAUAAAAAAUAAAAAAUGCAGGUAGGUCCUAAAACUCAGUCAAAAAGCAACAAAGUGUGUGUAGUAUCGUAUAGAUAGAAGGCAAGAGAUUCCUUUGAGUAAAUAGCACUUUAAUCCUGUAUUUGUGUCUGAAAGUGUUCAGUCAGCCACGCUUGUCGUUUGUUUGCUCUAAUCCCCAGAAUAUUGGACUUGAACUCAUCUAGAAAAGAAAGAAAAAUUAUAAUUUUACCAUAAUUUCUCAGUUUACGGAUCCAAUAUCCAGCAGAGAGCAAACAAAGCGGCGAAAAUGUUUCUCUGACCAAAUCCGUGAGCUGAAACCAUGAGAUGUGUUCACUGCAAAAACACACAAUCUUACCAAGUAUUUAUCUCAUUUCUGGUGCAAAUAUCUUAUUACACUUCAAUUAAGACUAAACUAACUUGGAAGUAAAUUAUCAGGAAGCUUGUUUUAAGUCACAUGUGUCAAACUCGAGGCCCGUGGGCCAAAACCGGCCCACUGCAGCUUUUUAUGUGGCCUUCUACACUCUAGACUAAACAUUAAGUGUGUUUAAAUGUUAUCAAUCAAAUCAAUUCAGUUUUUAUCUGUUUAUUGCCAAAUUUUAUCAAUCAGUCCCUCCAGUUUGCUGACAAUUAUUGUAAAAAUUUAUGCAAAAUCAACAAAUUCCUGCAUAUCUGAACUAAUAAUUGGGAGUUUAUUGCAGAUUUUUCUCAAAAAUUGUCAAGAACUUUAUUUGUACUAAACAGCUGCCUCAGCUUUAAUUAAUUUGAGAUUAUAAUCUUUGAUCUUUACAUAGAGUAAUAAAAAGUUGCAUUUACUGCCAGAAAUAUUGCAGAUAUUUCCAAAUUACUACCAUAUUUCCAAACACUUGGAUUUUUAUUGCAAAAAAGAAUCAUGAAAUCCUGGAGGGACCGAAAAGAUGAUCAAUAAUAUCAUUUAAUUUAACAAUUUGUGAACAGGUUUUAUCAAUACAUUCUGGCCUUUAAGAGUUUGACGCCUGUUUUAUCCUUAAUAUUGAUGAAAAAGAGCCAGCUCCAUUGUCGGAUUAUUGCACGUAAAACAUGGAGGAAUUGUCUUCAGUACAUUUAUCUGCCAAAGUACCAGGGGAAUUGAACUUUUUCCUCAAUGUUAAGGAAGAAUUUACCUUAAACAAGCUCCUAUAUCUUGCUGGAGAGUUUCUUGUCAGUUAGUUUUGUUUUGUUUCAAGUCUAAAUAGAUAUUUGCAUUAGAAACGAGACUAAACAGAGUUGGUGCAGUUUGGUGUUUUUUGCCAUGUGGAUAAAAUAGGCAGGGGGUCCAGAAAUAUUUCACGGUGUGUGUGGCGUGUGGACGGAGCCAGCGAAGUGAGGGGUGACCUCCGUGACCCCUGUGAACCUCUCUGCUCCCCGUCGUUUCCCCCUCAGGCCCAGUUUUCCCCAUGGGAAAUGUCCGACAUUAACCGUAGCACACGUUCGCCGUUUAGCAGAAAGUUUUACAGAAAAGGACUUUAUCCUCACCUGCUUUUCUUCUUACACACAACCCGGUCGUACAAAACACGUCGAACCAUCAAAACAAAAUAAAUAAAAGCUCUUAUUGUAUGUUUGUUUGUUUUCCCACUUUUUGCUGUUAUGACACAGUUUGGUCGCUCUAUUUGAGCUUGAAAGUGACAGCAAUACCCCCACCAGCCACAAAGCAACAGUACGUCUUCUGAUUUUUGUUUCUUACCUUCCCACAAAGAUAUAUUGUAAAAAAUAAAUAAAAACAGCUUGGUUAUAUGCAAACAGAAAAAGAAAAAUAUGUAUGAAAGUUAUUUUCCUUCUCCCUGAUAUGCAAUGGAGUGUAGUUUAACAAUGGUUGCAAUCCUCUGUCACUUUAAUGCUGCAUAUGCACAGUAGCUGCAGUGUGGAUGCAGGACUUGACGAUGAUGGGAGCUAAUGGUCAUUCAAACCUGGGGGGCCGCCGCCGCAGGCAGACGAAAACCGCCGCUCUCCUUUCUUCUGCUUCUUUUCCUCUCACUGUUUGUUUCCUUUUUUCUUCUUCUUCUGCUGUCUGAUAGGAUGUGGAGCGUGUAAAUGGCAUUAUUAGUCUCACAUUUCAGUGUCCGUUCUGUGUUUAUCCGUUUAACCAUUCGAGACAAGUUAAGAAAGAAUUUUAAAAAAUCCAGUCGUUUAAUCUGUUCAUUUUUAAUAAGAGCCGUACGAAGCGACACUUGUAGCUGUCACUCUUGGUGCUUGGCUUAUGCUUCAUUGUCUUAAUAUUCCAAAUAAAACUGUUAAGUGUAAUCCACACUGGCCCAAGA